CAGAAGAUUCAGGACGUGUUUAGGCAGAGGAGUGGCAGGCCAUGAGUUCCAAACAGCAGUUUGUCAAACUAAAUGAUGGCCACUUCAUUCCUGCUCUGGGUUUUGGUACCUAUAAACCCCAAGAGGUUCCGAAGAGUAAGUCACUGGAAGCUACAAACCUAGCUAUAGGUGUUGGGUACCACCAUAUUGAUACUGCUUUUGCAUAUCAGAUAGAAGAGGAGGUAGGACAGGCCAUUCAAAGCAAGAUUAAAGCUGGCAUUGUAAAGAGAGAAGACAUGUUCAUCACUACAAAGCUUUGGUGCACUUGCUUUCGGCCAGAGCUGGUCCAGCCUAGUUUGGAAAAAUCACUGAAAAGACUUCAACUGGACUAUGUUGAUCUUUAUCUUAUGCAUUACCCAGUGCCAAUGAAACCAGGGGAUAAUGAUUUUCCAGUAGAUGACCAAGGGAAAGUACUGGUGGACACAGUGGAUUUCUGUGUCACAUGGGAGGCAUUGGAGAAGUGUAAGGAUGCAGGAUUGGUCAAGUCUAUUGGGGUGUCCAACUUUAACCACAGGCAGUUAGAGAGAAUCCUGAAUAAGCCAGGACUCAAGUACAAGCCUGUCUGCAAUCAGGUUGAAUGUCAUCUUUAUUUAAACCAGAGUAAGCUGUUGGAUUACUGCAAGUCAAAAGACAUUGUUCUAGUUGCUUAUGGUGCUCUGGGAACCCAACGAUAUAAAGAAUGGGUGGACCAGAACUCUCCAGUUCUCUUGAAUGAUCCAGUUCUUUGUGAUGUGGCAAAAAAGAACAAGCGAAGCCCUGCCCUGAUUGCACUUCGAUACCUGCUUCAGCGUGGGGUUGUGCCCCUGGCCCAGAGUUUCAAAGAAAAUGAGAUGAAAGAGAAUUUGCAGGUUUUUGAAUUCCAGUUGUCUCCUGAGGAUAUGAAAACCCUAGAUGGCCUGAACAAAAAUUUCCGAUAUCUUGCAGCUGACUUUCUUGCUGGCCACCCUGAAUAUCCAUAUUCUGAGGAAUAUUAA